AUGCUACCGCGGCCAUUGAGCGGAAUGCUCCCUUUCCGCCGGCAGGCCUUGCGACUGCAAAUAGCCGUGCCUCACCUUCCUCUCCAUUCGACGGGGACAUUUUGUCGUGGUGCUCUUUCACACCAGAAGCCGAUUCAAAGAUGCCUAGCAACACGGGUCGAUCAUACAGUCGCUGCCUCUCAAUCCGAUCACCAAAAAGAACGAGUCGUCAUUCUCGGUUCUGGCUGGGGUGGGUAUAACCUCUCGCGCAAGCUCUCCCCAAAGAUCUAUUCACCCAUAAUCAUCUCGCCUCGAUCUUACUUCGUGUUCACACCUCUGCUUACCGACGCAGCAAGCGGAUCCCUGGACUUCUCCAACAUCGUCGAACCUGUGCGUGAUCCGCGCGCCAAAGUCGACUUCAUCCAAGCAGCUGCACGUUCUGUUGACUUGAACAAGAAAACGAUUCUAUGCGAAGCCACUGUUGUAAGGAGCGGUGUCACAGAGUCGCCGCGCACAGAGGAAAACGAAAGACAGAAUGAGGAUGGCCCGGAGACAACAAACAAGAAGCCGAUGCAGGCCCAACGCCAAUGGGAGCAGGGUGAAAUUUUUGAGGUUCCCUAUGACAAGCUUGUCAUUGCUGUUGGCGCGGUCAGCCGCACGUUUGGAACGCCGGGUGUGCGAGAGAAUGCAAUGUUCUUCAAGGAUAUCGGAGACGCAAAGAGGGUGAAGCGGCGCGUGCGGGAAUGCUUUGAGCUAGCAGUCUUGCCGACAACGACCCCAGAGAUGCGGAAGUCCCUUCUGAACUUCGCCAUUGUGGGAGCCGGUCCAACGGGCAUUGAACUUGCGGCUUCUCUACGUGAUUUCAUCUACGCGGAUAUGAUGGCGCUGUAUCCGGCUCUCAACGAGAUCCCCAAGCUGAAUCUCUAUGAUGUUGCCCCCAAGGUAUUAUCCAUGUUCGAUGAGUCCCUAUCUCGCUAUGCAAUGGAGACAAUGAGGAGUGAGGGAAUUGAUAUCAAAACCUCCCACCACGUCAAAAGCUUGAGGUGGGGCCCACCGGGUGCUCCACCACCAUACGAGAUGGAUCCCAAGCGCUGUCUGACUCUGACCACUGAAGAAGAGGGCGAAGUAGGUGUAGGAAUGUGCGUUUGGGCCACUGGAAAUGCUAUGCCGAAGUUCAUUACCCAGUGUCUUAACGAGGUUGACCCUCUUCCCAAAGACUCUAUUCUAGCCAUUGAAGGAUCUUCCGCUACUGCUGCCAGCGCGGCACAAGCAUGGAAAUUCAAGAAAGCGCCCAAGAAGGGACCACUCCUGGUUGACGGCCACCUUCGGGUUCAGCUUGAAAGCGAAUCUGGUCAGACGGCGGUUCUUCGAGACGUCUUCGCACUUGGUGAUAAUGCCAUGCCAGAGACCGGCGCUCCGCCAGCCACAGCACAGGCCACCUUCCAGGAAGCCAAGUGGCUCGCAUCGAGAUUGAACAAGGAUGACAUGGCUCAGACGCCACCAUUCUCCUUCAAGAAUCUAGGCACCAUGGCUUAUAUCGGCAACGAGAGGGCUUUGAUGCAAAUUCCUCAUGAGGAUGACGGGAGCAAAAACAAGUUCCUGCCUAAUGGUAUCAAAGGGCGUACUGCAUCAUUGAUUUGGAAAGCGGCCUACAUCACGAUGAGUAUCAGCUGGCGCAACAAGUUGCGUAUCGUGUUCCGAUGGACUUUGAACAGGCUUUUCGGAAGGGAUGUGUCGCGCUUUUGA